CAUAAUAAAGCUCAGCUUUCUGGACCAUACUGUACCAAGCAUACUCUGUGAUCAGCUGUAGAGAUUCUAAUUCAUCAGAAACCUGGUAUUUAUCUAUAAAAACAGGCAAAAGCUCUGUAGAUCCUAGCCAAAGUUAUGCCAAAUCCAAAAACAUCUAGUCAAGACUGGUACUACCACGCGCCCUCAAAACCUGUACAAAAACCAGCUGUUGAGGCACCACCAGCAUCACAAAUCCCUGGUCUCAGCAAUGUAGAAAACAUACCUGAAGAUGUGGACGAACGUUUUUUUAAGAGAAAAUGGAUCCGUGACACAGACUCUAAAUACAUCAAGCUAGCAAAAGGAGGAGGCAGAAAGAAUCUGCUGUCUUUCAAAACCCCACCACAACCUAGUGAAGAAGCUGUGUUGUACCCUAGAGCAGAAUGGUUUGAUCACUACCAUCCUGAGGAAGAAGAAGACGGAGUUGUUCCUCCAGUGGAGCAAGUCUUCCAGACAUCUAAAAGAAGACCUCCACAGGCACAGCAUCAUCAUGUUCUUCCUGAAUGGUAUGUCCAUGAGGAGGCAAAUGCCGAAAGUCACACACAACACCAGCAGCAAAUACCGACUGAGCAGAAGAAGAAGAAGAAGAGAGCCAACCUUGUCAGCUUUGACAACAUGACUGCAUGGGAGAGGCAAGCAGCAGAAGACAUAGAACAGCACAGAAGGUUACCAGCCGUCCACAAAAAGAAAGAGCAGCACAAAACAGUAGCAAAAGAAGCAGCUCCAGUCACCAGAAAAGUGGUUAAACUGCCAAAAAUUGACAAAGAGCCUGUAAACUUUUCACACCUCAUGUCCUUUGGAUAUUCAAGGGAUUGGUUGUCAGAUCAAAGUAGGAAAGAACGCUCAGAAAGAGAGAAAAGACAUGCUGAGCACAAGAAACAAGAGGAGAAAAAAUCCAUGCACAUUAAAGAAGCCGCUAAUUUGAGAAAACCAAGAACAAUUGCAAGAGAGGAUGACAAACCAAUGUUUAAAAUUAGUCGGUUCGAAAGAGUGCAGCCGAGAGUAGAGAGCUUUAGAACAUAAAAUUUAAAAUAUUACUUAGAAAAAAUAUUUUAUCAAAUGCACGUUUUACCAAUGUAGGACAACUUUUGUUUUUUAAAAACAAAUGUGAAAAAAACAUGUACAUAGGUAACAGUUUUAAAACCCAAAAGAACAACAGUUACAUCAAUAAUUGUAUUAUAUAUGUAAAUAAAAAAUAUGUUGUUUGGUA